UCACGUUCGAUGUAUGGUGUCAUUUCGUUUGUAAUAUUCGUCAUUAAAGAAAUAUUAAAAUGUUGAGAAGAUUCCUUGUAUGUUUAGUCAGCUAUGUCUUACUACAUUGAAGAUAUGCUAGUGACUUUUGGUGGUGUGGAAAAGUUAUAGCGAAGAAAUUGUAGUUAAAUAGUUCAGUAUGAACUGUCACCAAGUAUUAAGUGGAGCCUGUAAUUCAGGAGAUCAAUGUUUUGCUGUGGGUUCAGUCGAGGGAAUCCCAUUCACAGCUUAUGCUGCGGGCUGCAACAUUGUGAUACUAGCUUCGAAUUUUGAGAGGGUCCAGAUUAUCCCCGGAGCUAUCCAUGGCUACAUCCGUAUCGGCUCCCUGGACUGCAGUACGGACACUGGAAAGAUCGCUGCGGCGUAUGGUGCUGAAGUCUGUAUAUUUGAGCCAACACCAUUGAUCCAUAGUGCUGCUACUACUCACGGUUUGGAAUACCGAUGGGUGCAAACCGGAAAGCUCAAUGCAGAUGGACCAAUCACUGCCCUUUCAUGGAACUUGGAGGGCACGCGGCUCCUCACCGGUGGGAAGAUCUUGCAGCUUUGGCACCAAGCCUCACUUUAUCAAGAGGACAGCCAACCAAGUUCCGGUGUAACAUUCCAAAUCGGCGGCAGCGACAAAGACGACAAGCCGCCGAAGUUGCAGGAUGAAGAAGAGCCCGGUUGGCUUUGCGUAUGGCAGUGUCAGACGGCGACGCCAGCGCAUCACCUCGCCUUUUCACCAGACGGUGUUCUCUUCGCUACGUCAGGAGUCAACGAUAGAUUAGUUAAGAUCUGGUAUCAAAAUAAAGUAUUGAUACACGCGCAAGGCGAGCACGCGUCGUCCGACCUCAACUACACGUUCAUAUACGUCGCGCAUCCGCGAGCGGUCACGCAUCUGUCAUGGCGGAAAACGAGCAAAUAUAUGCCCAAGGGCAGCGUCGGCAACGUGCUAGUGACAUCAUGCGUGGACAACAUCUGUCGCGUGUGGUCGGAAACCUUACUCCCGGACGACGAGUGGGGCGGCUGCGUGACGGCGCACAGCCGCUCGCCGCCGCGCCGCCAGCGCGCCACGCACCGCCACAAGCACCGCUUCAUGCAGCGCCUGAAGCACAUGAAGACAUGCUUCCACAUACGACGGAACGCGCAGUCGUCUAAGCAGCCCGGAGCGCCCAUCCCCACUUUACCCUCGACGUAUAGUGCACACGACUUCCAUAACCCUUAUCACGCCACAUCUUAUACUGGAGGUCUUCAUUUCCAUUUAGCAGCAUCUAUAAACGCAGAGACAGACAUUCCCCUAGUGCCAUCGCUGGCUGGCGGCGGGCGGUUCAUACUGCACUGGCUACACAAUAAGGAAAUGCAUUUCACCAGCCAAGCUGAAGCCAUACUGCAUGAUCUUACUAAAAAGGUUUUAGAUAAAGAAGAGUCUGAAGAAGGAGGUUCAGAACACACCACGCAUCCGGACGGAGAUAAUGACGCGAGUAGCGGUAACCACAGCCAUCCAACCCUGUCCAACACGACGUCUAUAAACUCCAUAGCAACGGACGUCACAUGCACGCAUUUACCUGACUCGUUAGACGCGAAGAUCGAAGGACUUUUACGGGAUUGGCAUCAGAGUCCUGAUCUACUCUUCUCUAUACACCCUGUGGAUGGCAGUUUUCUUAUAUGGGUGUGCGAAUGGCUAGACGAGCUCCAAGCGGGCGCGAUCCGGCAAGCGCAAGUGUCGUUCUCGGCACGGAUCCCGUCCGCGUUCCCGCUGGGCGACGCCACCACCAUGUGCACGCCGGCCGCGCUGUACCACGCCGCGGCGCAGCCGCUGUACGUGAGGCACCGCACCAAGCCCGUCACACCCGGCCAACAACAACAGCAGCCUGAAGCCGCGACGACACCGCUGGCGAGCGUGCAAGAGGAGAAAGAGGAGACCGAGUGGCCUCAGAACGACGAACAGAAAGAGCCUCUGGAAAACGGCCAAUUAGAAGAAAAUAACAACGACAUGAAACGUAAACAGAGUAUAGCCACAGAAGACUUUGGUGAAAAUGAAGAGGGGGACGUGCUGGACUCGGCCCCUGUCAUAUCCAUGGUCACCAAUCAUACCAACGGCACGCUCAAUCUCUGGCAGCUCACGUUCGAUGACAAAUCUAAGUUUUCACAGGUGUUAUCAAUAGGACACGCGUCAAGAGCGUCCGGACAUAGGUUUAGGGUUAACGACAUCACAUGCCAUCCAGUAUUACCUCUAUUACUUACGACGAGCCACCACAACAUAUCAGAUAGUGACAGAGAUACGCACACACCCAACGACGACACCGCGGCCGGCGGGCUGUGCUCGGAGCUCAUAAUGUGGCGAGUGGAGUGCGUCGGGCCGCUCGGCAAGUCGGGCGGCGUGUCGGAGCUGGCCAGAGUCAACUCGCCGCAUCUGUCCGCCUUCAGCAACGUGGCGUGGCUACCUACCUUACUGCCUAGCACAACCCUCGGCAACCUGUCCAACUCGCCGUCGGCGUGUUUCGUGGCGAGCGACGGCGAGAGCCUGCGCGUGUUCCAGGCCGUUAUCGACGCGCGGACGCUACUCGCCGAGAUAGCCACGUCGGAGCGACGCCACAACAAUAACGUAAUGCAACACGACACAAUGUCCAUGUCUUCGGAGUCUACACUAGAGGAAGGCGGCGGCAUACCGCUCCACGAUCGCAUCAGGAUCGUCUCGCAGCAGUCCACGGCGCGGCCCGGCGCCAUCAUACAGCUGCACGCCAUCGCCGACGCCACGCACGACUGGCACAACACGCAGCUGCUGCACGUGUUCCAGGAGCAGCUCAUCACAGGCGAACGUACCACAACAGACACCGAUAGCACCGACUCCGGCGUCGAAGGCGACGUACACAGUAUAACAGAAGCUGGUCUAGAAGCAAUAGUGGAUCUACGGAAAGCAGCAGUUUUUAAUGAGCCUUUCUACAUAGUUGUUUUAGAACGCACGGACGGCGGGUCCACUGUGCAUAUGUGGAGGCUUACUGUGUCCUCACAGGCGGAUCCUACAGACGAGCUGACGAACAGCAUGAUGUACGUGCCGGACAGCGCACUGGUGCAAGAAGACGAGGGCGAGUCCCGAAAGAACUCCGUAUCAUUCGACGCGGCCGAGCGCGCGCCGCCGCCGCCUCCCAACUUGCAUCUUGCUAUCACCACUAAAAAGGUGUGCGAAUGUCCACUUGCGUUGCCGGAUGGAGUGGAUGUGAUCCACGCUACCCCGGCCGCUGGUCAUUUAAGUUCGGCCUCUAUUUACCCCGCCUGCCUAGCGCCUUACAUCUUAGCCACGGCGUGUUCGGACAGCACAUUAAGAUUCUGGAAGUGCAGCGUUACGAAAAAAGACAAUGAUGAAUAUGACUAUUCUUGGAAAGAAUGGGAAAUGAUGAAUAAGGACCAAGAAUCUGCUAUUGACAUUCCAGGGCAACCACUCCACAUAAGCGCCGCGUACUCGGGCCGCAUAGCGUGUGCGUACAAAUGCGGGCGCUCGUUCACGCGCCCCAAGGGCGGCUCCAGCUCCGCCAACUCGAACCCCGACGCGCGCUUCGUGAACCUAAGCGUGUGCGUGUACGAGUGCGAGAGCACCGGCGGCGCGGAGUGGUUGCUGGAGGACACGAUACCUCUGAAGAACGUCAGCUUGCCGAGGGUCGGGGUGUGCGCGGACACGCAGAUAGACUUGUCGUAUCUCAACAACAGCGCGUUCAUGCAGAAGAAGCUGCGGGUCACGCAGGUCCUUCAAACCCUGUCGUCUGACGAGAGCCGCAACCGCAACGGCGAGGCGGAAACGGGCAAGUCCGCGGGCCUCCUCGCCGUGCCUUCCUUCAGCACGCUGCAGUCUCUUCGGAAGAGUAUCAUGGAAAACGGGAACACUUGCCCACUGACGCAGAAACACUUGGUGCAAUUAGAUUGGGUGUCUAAGGAGGAUGGAUCACAUAUAUUGACUGUGGCAGUUGGAAGCAGAGUGCUGCUGUUUACUGCUGUGUCUAGCGACUUGGCUCAAGCCAACUUGAAGGCUAUGAAAGAAUCCAUCAACAAUAACCGUCCCAUACUCCGCAAGGCAUCCUCCCUAGCUGCUCCCUUAUUCGUCGAAGAAAUCCGAUGGAUGCAACUCCGGCGUAUCCAACUGAAAACCGCCGAUGGUUUACCACCCCUGCCUAUGCAGAUAUCGUGGGUGCGAGACGGUAUACUUGUGGUGGGGAUGGACUCAGAGAUGCACGUGUAUUCGCAGUGGAAGCCGGAGAAUCAAAACUCCGCUUUGGGCAUGUCUGGUGUACAGGAAAUCGAAGAGGGCAGCGAAUCCCGCGCGUUACGAGACUCCGAUCUACGAGUCUCAGCGCCGCAUUUACAGAGAGUGUCCUCUAUCAAUCUACAACUGUUAGAGCGGGAUGCAAGACGACGGAACAAGACCCAGCCAGAUCAACCGCAGCCACUGCUCGACUACAUGCCGGACUAUGGUCUCUUCGAGGCAUCUCAGAUGGCCUGCCCAGUAUUGCCACAGUAUCAUCCGAAGCAGCUUAUGGAAUUGCUUAACAGCGGAAAAAUACGAUGGGUUAAAGCUAUCCUCGCUCACUUGGUGAGACGUAUCGGCGGUACUUGCGCUGGACGAGGAUCUCAGGGCGAUGAAGACAGUUUAUCCAAACAGCGCGGCUGGUCGCGGUCGCGAACUCUUUCGGUGUCGUUCGCUGCUGGCGCCGUUUCGCCGCUAGAUGGCGUUGCUCAGAUAACAGAAGACGUGCAGCUAGAUUACGCAGAAAUCACUUCGGUACCUCCGCUCCCUCUCUGGACGUUGCUCGUUGCCGACAAGGAGUCUGCCAAUCAUCCGUCUACAAUACAGGAGGCCAAGGAUUACGGAGAUCUAUUUGACGGGACCAUGGACGUAGAUGAAGACUUGGACGCGUUGUUACUAGACGAGGAGGAAUGCGUCGAUCGCCGGCCGUCAAUGCCGCCAGAGCGGCAGCUGUUAUCACACUUUGGACCUCGUCAAGGCCGUAUUCUCUCUCGGCUACUGACCCACACGCACUUGCCCGGGCUGAGUUCACUAGACCAGAUGCAUUUGCUCGCGUUGGCCGACACUGUGUCGACGUGCGACGCCGACUUCGCCGAACGCUUCGCCGCCAACGCCCGCGUCGACGUCGCACAGGGGACUGGACAAGAGAUUCUACCUGACUCUUUAGACGAUUGCGGCCUCCGAUUCGUUCUCGCCAUGAAGCACUAUGGCUAUCUCCUCCGCUGCCUGCCUCUGGCUCAACGCGCGAACCUACAGCGGAACGGUGUGGGCACCUGCAACCUGGUGUGGGCCUUCCAUUCAGAGACACACGAACAGCUACUGGCUUUGAUACCGGGGUACUCUAAAGGACAGCCCAAGUGGACCACUAUGAGAGAGUUAGGCGUAGGCUGGUGGAUAAGGGGCGACCUACUGCGCGUAUGCGUGGAGCGGCUCGCCCGCGCCUCCUACAUGGCCAAGCAAGAUCCCAUGGACGCCGCGUUGUACUAUCUCGCUAUGAAGAAGAGAAUGCUGCUAUGGGGCCUGUUCAGGUCGAGUAGAGACGAGAAAAUGACGGCAUUCUUUGCAAACGACUUUUCGGAGGAUCGCUGGCGCAAAGCGGCGCUGAAAAACGCCUUCGUGUUGCUCGGGAGACAGCGUUUUGAACACGCUGCCGCAUUUUUCUUACUCGGAGGAGCCCUGAAAGAUGCCUUGGAGGUGCUGAUAACUCGACUGGGCGACUUGCAGUUGGCCAUGGUUGUUGCGAGGCUGUACGAGACCGAUAACCCAGCGUCACCCAGUUUGAAAAGAUUGUUAAUGGAUGAAAUUCUCGGAGGUGAAACCGAAGACGGUGAAAUAGACCUAGAGCGAGCACACCCCGACCCAUUCGUGCGCUCCAUAGCACUUUGGGAGCUGAAGCGAUACGGCGAGGCCCUCGACACUUUACUAGCGCCCGCGGGCCGCUUGCACACCGCGCGCGAGCCGCGCGACAACGAGCCCGUGCCCAGCGUGUUCAACUUCUAUGUGUACCUGCGCACGCACCCCAGACUGAAGCGGCACAAUCUGCCCAGUCAGGGAGCAUCAAUAGCCCUCCUCCAACAAGAGUCCGACGAAGGCAUCACCCGACUCGAGCGGCGGCUGUACUUCCAAACGGCACACGGACACUUCAAGGCGGGCUGCCCCGCGUUAGCUCUGGAAGUAUUAUCGAAGCUGCCGGCGCGGGUGCGGGACGAGCGGCGCCCGGCCCGCCCGGCGCCCGUGGCCGCGCCGUCGGUCGACGAGGCGACCAUACAUACGGGGCAGCUGACCUAUGCGAGCGAAACAAAACAAACCGCGAACCCCGAACCAGCGCCUGCAGAAAUGGACUGGGGCUCGUCAACAAUGGACUUGGACUGGAGUGCACCUGUCAGCAAACCUAAAGAGGACGAGCUCGUGCUCGACUGGGACGAGGACGACGACAAAGGUUCCGGAGCAUCAGGUGCAUCCACGCCUCCGCUAGAAAUGAAGAUGGACAAGGCAGAAGAGGCUGAAGUGAACGGGGUAACUGAAAGUGAGAAAGAGAAGGAAGAGGAGGCGCCAUCUGUUGACAUUAUGGCGCAGCAACUCAAGUUCGUGGCGUGCCUCAAGAUAUUGAUGGAGGAAUUAAGCACGCUUGCUACCGGGUUUGAAGUUGAUGGCGGUCACCUCCGCUACCAGCUGUACAUCUGGCUGGAGCGCGAAGUGGAAGCCCUCCGCCGCCUGUGCGGCUACGCGUCCGCCAGCAGCGCGGCCGGCGGCGGCGAGCUCAUAUGUGCGGACGCGGACCCGCCGCCCUUGCCCGACCGCCCGACGUUGCAUCAGUUACUUAUAAGGGAGAAGGCGGACUUUGAGGCUAAAGUGCAGAGGGCGGUUAGGAGGAAGAAGUGGCUUAAAGCGAACGAAACCCUCCUCCGAACACUGCUAUCGUACUGCUCGCUACAAGGCGCAGGCGGGGGCGGCCUCGCCUCCGUCCGCAUGGAACUAGUACUGCUACUGCAAGAGCUGGGACAAGAAAAACAGCACCAGCAGUUACUAUCGCCUCUGCCGUUCCCUACUACACUGCCGCUGCUGGCCGCCGCGGUGGCCACCAACAACACCGUGGUGGCGGACCCCGUCAGACACCUGCAGUCCGUGGCACAAGACAUGCUGAGCACGCUGGGCGAGAUGGGCAUCCCGGGCGGCUCGGCGACUCGUCUACUUCACACACUGCGCGUGCUCGCCGUGGCGCUCUCCGCCUGCAUCUACCAGAGCCUGUGCGACUCCGACACCUUCCAUCUCAAGCACCACCACACGGACAGUAUUAUUGCCGAAACACCUGGAACCCACACGUCGCAUAUGCUGGCUCGGCAACGGCGAUAUUCGACUGAAGAGCUCACUGUCACCACCCCACCUAACAAAUGGCCAGGAGUAUCGGCGUUACGCGGGCUCGCGUUGCGGGCGGCCGAGGAGGAGGAAGCCCCCCGCCUGCCCGUGCUGCUGGCCGAGGCGUUCUGCGCGGUGUACCUGGCGCUGCUGGGCUGGGCGCUGGCGGCGCGCGACGCGCACCUGCUGUACCGGCUGGCGGCGCACACGGCCGACACGCGCGUGCACGCGCGCCUGUUCGGCGGCGGCGUGCGCCGUCUGCUCACCACCGCGCCGGCGCCGCCCCCGCCGCAGCCAAAACUAGUAGAACGCCCUGAGGGUACCUCCGUAUGGUCCUCCCUCCGCGAGAAGCGAGCGCUGCUCAACAUGCGGCUGCUGGGGCUCGGGCCCUCGGUCCCGCACAAGAACAUCCAGGAGGGCAGGCCCACCUACAGGGAGCAGUUCGUGCCGCCCUACUGCAGUAUACUGACGUUCCUGUUGAACAAGCCAACUCCCGAGCAAGACCCAGAUUGCUGCGAUUACGAUUCAGCGGAGUCGGGUGCCGAAGAUCCCGAUGACAGCGGCAGCGAAGCAGACGAUGACGACAUCUUUGAUACUAACCCGGCCAGAGAGGCGAAGCGCACUAAACUAGUGAAUACAGAGCACUCCGACCCGGACUCUUACUCGUGGGUGCUGAUGCGCGUCGCGGUGCUGCGGCUCUCGCAGCAGAAGUUGCAGCACUUCCUGCAGCUCUGCGGCAUCGAGAUGUCAGAGCUGGCAACAACGAGUCCAACCGUGCACGCCGCCUUACGUCGCGUAGACCAAUGGCAGCAGCAGUUAACCGAGAACCUGGAAUCGCGCGCUCCGCCCCCCGACUACAUCCCGGGCUGCUUCCCGGAGCAGCUGCCGGCCGGCCCGCCCAUCAACAAGUACAGAUGCUUGUUAGAAAAACACAACACGCCAUUCAACUCGAAUCUAUUUAGCACUGCGCCUGCGAGACGAUUGUGGAGUUUCCUCGUUCGACAGGAGUUAGUUCAGGAAAUAUUUAUCCGCGCGGUGUUCUCCCGGCGUCGAACCAUGUCCCUCACAGCAGAAGGGACCGGCGAACCGCGUCCGGGCUGCCUGCCUAACCAACAAAGGCUCGGGGACGAUCUGCACAAUCCAGUCAGGAUUAUACACAAGGAGCAGGACUCCAUUGCUGCUUUCUGUCUCAAUCGGGUCGGCGGUGCAUUGCUCGCGGUAGCAACGGCGCGAGAGGUGCAAGAGAUGGACGUGUCGCUCCUAUUGCGUGGCGGCGCGAGCUGGGCCGAGGACGAGUGCGAGGUGGACCUGCUGGCGCUCGCGGCCGACCCCGCCGCGCUGCCCGACACCGGCUUCCUGCUCAUACAGCACCAGGACAAGCCUAACAACGGUUCCGUGCCAGGCACCGGCAACAGCUCGCCGUUGAACCCUAACGCGCCGCAGAUCCCAGUCGGUAUGGCGAGUCAGACGGGGCGGGGCGCCAGCGUUGUGAAGGGCUUGCAGUUCCCGGGUUGCCACGACGCGAAAUACUGUCGCCUGGUGCUCCACCGUUCGAAGCUUCUCAUGAAACCGGUGCUGAAACACAAAAUUGAUAACAUCAAGCGUAUGGCAGCUCAUCCUUCGCAACCAUUGUACCUGACGGGCGGCGCCGACGGCUCAGUCCAACUCUGGGAAUGGGGCCACUCAUCGUGCGUAUGGUCGGUGCGCGCGCCCGGCGCCUUCGCCAAGGUCACCCGCGUCCGCUUCUCCGACUACGGGAACAAGUUUGCGGCUGCGGAUGCCGACGGCAACCUUGCCAUGUGGCAGCUCCACCCGUCGGCGCAGCAACACGACUCUUCGCAACCUCACGCUUCAGCUAGGCCUUUCUUCACUCACCAGUGUCAUAGUAAAGGAAUUAGUGACUUCGUUUUUCUUGGUUCCUGCAGUUUAGUUGCUACAGCCGGGCAUAGUUCGGAAAGCAAAAAUGUUGCCAUAUGGGACACGUUGAUGCCGAUCAAGAAGGCGUUAGUUGUUUCUUGGACAUGCCACGAGGGCGGCGCCGCAUGCCUGGCCUGGGCGGGCUCGGCCGGCGCGCUGGUGUCGUGCGGGCGGCGCGGGGACGUGUUCGUGUGGGACCUGCGCACGCGCGCCUCGCGCCACAAGCUGCACGCGCACCACGCGCCCAUCAAGUGCGUCGCGCUCUCGCACCACGAGGACCAGUACGCCAUCGGCGCGGCCGACGGGGACAUCAAGGUGUUCUCACUGAUGACGCACCAAUUACUGCACACGUUUGCCGGCGAGCAUGCACGCAGCUCCUUCUUCAAGCACAUCGGUCAAGGCGUCACGCAGAUUCAUAUCGACAGCGCCGGUCGGCUGUUCUCGUGCGGCGCGGACGGCACCAUGAAGGUGCGCAAGCUGCCCGAGCGCGACACGCCGCCGCCGAGCCACGCGCAGUAUUCUAAUUAAUAGGCAGGCGAGGUGCAACAGCGGGAGCAGCCGUCGGCCUACCCGCGAUACCCUUGUGAUGUAUUUAUCGUUUUUGCUACUCAAUAUUACGAGUAUGAGAUAUACGCUGUUAGACUAGUCACUGUUAUUAAAUCUUUAGUUAAUUCUAGUGUGAAAUAUUCGCAAUUUUUAUCGUAAUGUACCUUUGUCUUAGAUGAGAGAUAUUGUGUUGUAUGCAUACUGCAUGUAGGAUGAUUAAGGGUCGACCAUAACUACUAGUAGCCGCCUGGGCUCUCGGCAACGGCACCGCUUGUUCAGCAGCGGCCGGCGCGGGCCCUGGCUCAUGGGCGUUGGCUGGACCAGACACCUCACCACAAGACCUAUCCCAACUAGGCCACACCAACCGAGUACCAGUACCAUUGGGAGUCACCGGCGGCAACUCCCGCGGUGACGGUGACUCCCCUCCCGGCGCGGGUCGCGGUGGCGGCCUGAGGUUAUUGAGUGUGUCUGUGGGCAUGGUGGGCAUGGUGCCGCGCUGUUGUCGCCGGUGACUCCCGCUCCGGCGCGGGGUGCGGGGGCGGCGCUGUUGUCGCCGGUGACUCCCGCUCCGGCGCGGGGUGCGGGGGCGGCGCUGUUGUCGCCGGUGACUCCCGCUCCGGCGCGGGGUGCGGGGGCGGCGCUGUUGUCGCCGGUGACUCCCGCUCCGGCGCGGGGUGCGGGGGCGGCGCUGUUGUCGCCGGUGACUCCCGCUCCGGCGCGGGGUGCGGGGGCGGCGCUGUUGCCGCCGGUGACGGUCACAAACAAGCGACACCCAUCAGGAAACCACAGUUACCGGAGAUGCGAUGGGUGUCGCUUGUAAUCCCGUUAUUCCCGAAAGUAGUCCCAUAUUUCACAGAUAUAAUUUAUUUAUUCGCACGUGUUGUUGGUUGAAUUUGUAUAAGUCCACUUUAUCGGCCGCGGGCCUAAGUGAAUGGAUAAAGAAGAUGGUAAACUCGCAUUUUAAAAUCAUCAUCAUUUCGAACACCGGGUACCGUUUUAUCUUUUGGGGCUUUACGGAACCAACAAAAUUAUCUCACAGUUUCCAGUCUGAAUAUGUUUCACAAUCGAAAUAGCUGGAGCAAGUGUUACGGUAUAACACAUGCUCCAAUUACUGUGAUGAUUUUAAGUUUCAAAAUCGUAUUACACCUCGAUAUAUACCUAGUGAUAUUAUUGUUAGUGCGGCUAAGAAACUAAAAGUGCUGAGGUCGGUUUAAUUAGAUUCAUAUCGAAGUUGGUGUGACUUCAAAAUGCGAGUAGGUGUAGUUAGUUAGUAAUUCUUAUGUGGUAUUGUAUUGUCUGAAGUAUAUUGUGUCUAGUUUUAACCAAGUGCAAUAAGAUCGCUAACUUAUGAAUAACGAUGCCACCACAUCGUGGAAGCCUUUAAUAAUUACAGUUAGCCCCUUGAUCAAUCUAGCUUACGUGAGUGCGUCUUGCUACUUAUAUGUGCAUCUUGUUAACGCAUAAUAAUUUAUAAUAUUUAUCUCAUGAUUGCCUUUGUUGGCUAUCGUGGAUGUAAUGUUUAACUUUUAUGGAAUACAUAUAAUCACAUUCGUUUGUGGGGUCAUGCUUGAUACAACGCAUUAUUGUUGAAUCUUUUAACAUGUUACUUGUACAGUCGCCAUCAAAUAUAUCGGAGCGGCCAAGGCGCUCACAAAUAUCUGAACGCGCCUCUAUUGUCAAGGCGUUAGAGUGCGUGUUCAGAUAUAUUUGAGCACCUCGGCCUCUGCGAUAAAUCCGAUAGAGACUGUAUCUAUUGUUGAAAUUAUUUGAGAUUAACUAGCUUUUUAUAUAUCUAAUGUACGCCUAAUGUAAAAAUAUUGUAGAAGCAAAAUUGACAGCUGAGAUCGAGUGUUGGGCGGCGCCAUUUGUUUUGUGGUAUUAUUGUGAAAUGUUACUCGUAGUGCGUGACUAGUUACCGCGUAAUGUAUGGGGUUCUACUUUGCUAUCUAUUUUAGCUCUCAAACUGCGGCUAUGGUACUACUUUAAGCGUGUUAGAAUCUUGCUACCAAAUUUCAGAUUGUAAUAACGCUAAUUUUGUUCAUGUCAAAUAAUUUCAACCAUAUCCAUGUUACGCUUUUAUGCACCCCACGCUCUUAGAAGUAAGUUUCUCUUUGUAACCUGGUAGCAAUCGAGAACACAUCCAUUUAUAAGCAAUAUUUAGUUACAAAGUAUUUUGGAAGAAAUAUAUAUUUGAAUGAAGUAUGUUGCGUAGUUUAUGCGGCGCCCAUGGUUACGUUACCAGUAUUAUCACAAUCAUAACUACACCCAAGGAUGACCUAUCAGCAUACCCCGGGGUUCUGGGUGCGGGAAUGUUUUACACUAGCCAAAAAUAGGAAAAAACUAGUAAAACAAACUAUUUUAACAAGCUUACUACCUUUUUCUAAUUAAUAGUUUAGUAAUUAUUUUACAGUCAUAAAUGAAAUGAAAUGACAUGAAAUCAUUUCCGGGCCGCGCCCAAAACCCUAGAGUACCUAUGCCUAUCAAUGGCGGAGCGUCUAUAGAAUAUAGGUCCCAGCCAUUUGCCUAAUUUGAGAAAUUUGUGGAUUUUAGCGUACAAAUUUCAAAGAACAAACUGCCACUGUGACCUUAAUUGGAUAAUAUUUCAUGAACUUGCACAAUAUUAUCAAUAUCAGAAUCUGUCAGGAAUUGCGACAAAGCAUGAUUGAAUACCAGCUAAUUUCCUCUUUAUAAGAGCAUGCUUUUUUCAUAUCAAAUGCACCAAAUUCUGAUUAGUCCAUCAUUACAUCCGUUCAUUAAUCUUAUGAAAGUUAUUAUAUAACAUAAUGUGAACUGCCUUUCUCAUUAGUAGUGGCAAAAAGACACUUUUUGUUGUUUUCUUAUUUAAUCAAGUCUAUUUGUGAUAUGGUAUUUAUUUCUAUAGGUUAAUGUUAUAAUAUAAUCACCAAAGUUAAUGAUUUAAAAAUAUUUGAAAACUAUUGUGUAAAACCAAACGAAAACUAAGCUUAUAGAUUCUGUAAAUGUACAUAGAUUUCGCACAAUAAUCACUUGAGUAUUUUCUGAGUUAUUUAUUGUUAUCGGGUAUGUUUAAUUUCGUUUGUUUUCGAAAUUGUUUGUGUAUAUUUAUUUUGUAAUGACUACAUCACAACUUGCUUAGUGUUCUGUCAUUGUUUUAGAACACGCUUUAUUUAUUUUUUUAACUUGAUACGUUCCCGUAUAUCAUGAGCCGAGGUAGAAAUAAUACAAUUUAUUACCUUGGAAAAGGUAAGAGAUCCUAGUAUAUUCUAAUGAUUUAUAUACAGUGGCGUAGCUAGGCGUGGGCGAAGCGGCCCCUCGCCUCGCACUCAAAGGGGCCCCGCUAAAGCUAACCUAUUUUAUUACCUUGAGAAUACCUACACAUUGACAGAAAAGGGCUUUGCAGAUGCAACUUCGCCCACGGCUAGAUUAGUUCAGCUACGCUUCUGUCUACCUAUAUUUAUCAAAUGUAUCCAUACAACCCAUAAACAUAUUAUUGACAUUAUUGUUCACCUUGUCUUUUCUGUACCCGAAAGUUAUAAUAUUGGCAGUACGCCUAGUUUUGAUACCAUUUCUAGUAAACUAUAUCGGGACCGAUGUAAAUCACAAACAAAAAAUAGGCUCCAGCAUAACUUUAGGGUACAGGAGAGAAAUUUUUCUGUCUGUAUGGUAUCCAAAAAUUACUCGUAAUUGAUAUGACCACCUAAUUUAAGUAUAUUCUGGUUCUUUUUUUCGAUUAAUCUACUAUUCGAAUAUUCUGUCAAUUUAAAUUCACUUUAAACUUUCCACUGAAAAAAAAAAACUAAAUCUAUACCUAUAUGCAAAAUUUAUGCCAUUUUCAAGUAAAGGGCAAUUAUUUUACUAUCGAUUGUCAAUAAAGCGAUACAGGUUUGAUUAGAAAUCGCUAUUUUCUACAACCGACAAUCCGGUGCUUUUUGCCUGCAAAUGUCGCAUACCUAUAUAGCUAUAGGUACAGUCAGCAGCAGAAGUUGCUAAGCGGACGAGGUGUUCAAAAUAAAGUCAACACAACAUUAUUAUUAAUAGAAUAAGAGUGUGUGUGCAAGUCAUUUUGAAUGCCUCGUCCGCUUAGCAACUUUUGAUGCUGACUGUACAUAAUUUGUUAUUUUGAAUGUCCUCACUGUUGCCGUGCAGACUGUACAAAAUUACUUUUGUAGGGUUUUAGCUGUGAUCUGUAUUUUGUAAGUAGUUAAUUGGCGUUGUUUCAGUGAAAAAACAUGUCUAUAGUAAAGUUUAUAAUAUGAUUGUAUCUAUUUUGAUAAGUUACAUAUGAAACAAUAACUAAUGAUAAUAGAACGUGAACAUAGAAUAUAAAUGACCCACUAGAUGAAUAUGAAUAAAUAAAAGCAUUCUGCACCUACGUAAUACUAAUUUAUAUAAAGAUUCAUUAUAGUGCUUAUUUUGUUUUAUUUAUAAAAGAUCAUUUAAAAUAAAAGUAAACUUAAUUCA